AAAAGUUCCUUCUUUUCACCACAUCUAUUCUGUGAUGUCUCUGAAGCGGGAAGAGAUUUGAGAUGAAAAAAGUGGCGGAGGAGGAGAGUGGUUUCACGCGCCUUGCCUCAUUCGUCUGCGAUUGUGAGCCUUUCACGGAGGAAGAGCUUGAAAGCAUCGAAGCUUCUCUUUCCAACCCUAACAACAAACGGCGGUUUGACGAUCUCACUCCCCGCCGCUGUCCCCGCCGCCGUCGCUUGCCCGAAUCGCUCAUCGCACUUCAACAUCCAAAUAUUUCUUCUUUAUCCCCUCGUCCAGGCUAUUCAAGAAUGAGAUUACCUGCAAUUAAGUUUAGUGGUCGAAUUAUGUACAGCAGGACUUUUGAUUCUGUACAUAAAGCUGCAGCAAAACUCUUACAGGCCCUGGACGAAAAAAAUAGAGAGAUUGUGCAAUUUGCAAUUGGAUUUGACAUUGAGUGGAAACCUUCCUUCACUAAAGGCGUUCCACCCGGAAAGGUAGCAGUCAUGCAGAUAUGUACUGACAGUAGUCAUUGCCAUGUUCUGCAUCUAAUUCAUUCUGGAAUCCCUCCAAAUUUACAGCUUUUGCUUGAAGAUCCCACAGUUCUGAAGGUUGGAGUUGGGAUUGGUAGUGAUGCUAUGAAGGUUUUUAGAGAUUAUAAAAUAUCUGUCAAAGGUGUGAUGGAUCUUUCUUUCCAUGCCAAUCAGAAGCUUGGUGGUGAUCACAAGUGGGGUCUUUCAUCUUUGACUGAAAAACUUUUAUCGAAACAGCUGAAAAAGCCCAAUAAAAUAAGACUGGGAAAUUGGGAGACUCCUGUUUUGUCAAAGGAGCAACUAGAGUACGCUGCUACCGAUGCUUUUGUUUCUUGGUAUCUUUAUCAGGCAAUUAAAGAUCUCCCUGACGCCCAAGUCACGGACAAAAGUGGCGAAGUUGAUGGUCUACGGCAGGACUGACUACAUCUUCGUUGUGUGUAUUAAAUUUAGUUUAUAUUAAACAUUAAGUAUUAAGUAGUAAUUAUUUAUAUGUACGAAAUAUUUUUGUAUUGCAAUAUUUAUUUUCCUUCUCGGACACCAAUUGGAAGGUGUACCCUUCAGCAGUUAAGAUAAAUAGACAGGAUAUGAUGAGAAAAGAUGCAGAGUAUGUCAGCUGAGUGUAUAAAAUGUGGUGUUUAAUAGGGAUGUCAAAACGGCUUAGCCUUGUCAAAUUUUGGUGGCUGGAUUGGAGUUUUUAAUCCAUCUUGCCUGAUUCAUCAAAUUGUAUUUCAGAACUGAGUUUUCCGGAAUAUUGUGCUCCAGAAAGAGCUCUUCGAAAGAUAUAAAAUGUGUUUCAGAAAGAACUUUUUGAAACGAGUG